CUAACUUUCGCUAUGUACAUGUGGACAGAGGUGGCUGUGAGCGUGAGAUGGUUUCGCGGGUAACGGCGAGCGCGCCCUCGCCCUCGCAAGCCCUUAACCUUCGACCGUGGCUUUUUGUUUCGAGGCCACGAUACCGUUCUGCCUUGGCCCGAUACGCUUCUCCAUCGGCAACGACCCCGCCCUGCCGCCAGACCUCAUCGAGAUUACGUACGACGUGACACUAUCUUUCGGAUGCUGCUUCAGUUCGUUUUUGCAUGCGGUUUUGCAUGCGAUUUUAUUUUUGUGUGUCGAUUAAAACAGCAGGUGUGCGACGCGCCAGCGUUUUUACGCUUUUGGGUAGAAGGACGGAGUUUUCCGAUUUUUCGCUGUUUGAGAGAUCGACGUUCAGGCUUGGUGGAAGGAACAAUUUGUUACGUUGCGGUUUUACUUAGUGUCGUCGCAGGGAUUCGAUUUGUUCUUGGACACAUCGUUCGGAUUUUUCAACGGCACAACGGGCGCAUGUUCUACUUUAAAUUCGGACAGCGUAACACGAUAACAGUUUUUGCCGAAUCUAACAGCCAACUGGUAUACAAUGUUUUGAAGCAAGAGGAAUCAAGCCGCGCGUUGUAUCCCAUUUUGUAUUCCUUUGCUACGCCUCUCGUUUUCCUGUCCACCGUGUACGAUGGCAAGGGGUUGAUUAAUCGUUCGCGGUUGUAUUUACUGCUUUCGCGUGGGUCCGUCUGCGAGGAAAAAUUCACUGUCCCUCGUAAUCCACCUUUCACGGUUUUCAUAUCCCUUUAACGCAAAAUCGAAUUAUUUUUAAUUGUAACACUUUUGAAAUAUACGAGCGAAAAUGUUCUUCAACCUUUGUCACUACGCUGCGAAUAUUUAUGCACUUAUGGAAAAUUUGUAAGCGUAAGAACUUACGCAGAGUAAAUAAUAACAUGCGAUUAUAUAAAAUAAUAUUUCUCCAUAUAAAUUCCAUCGUUUCAGCUUUGUCCAUAAAACUAUGCACGAGGGGGAACCUCAACUCCAAUGACCUUGACCUGCAAAAUCCCGAGUAACACGCACUCUGUCCGAGGCCUGAGGUGAUCGUGGUUGAAAAGUUAGGUUAGGUUAAAUCCUUCGAGAUGUACGAUCAUGGAACCUAAUCCGAUCUAACCAUACCUUACCACUGUUAUCAUCGCAAUCUUACGCACGUGCAUAUGCAAUUUCGUUUUCAACUACGUAUAUUGUGGUACGCGUAAUCUGACAAAUAACAUUUAUGACUUUAUGACUUAUCGUCGUAAUUUCUCAAUCGCGAUCGUCCCACGACUCGGACAAAGUCUACGUUGUUCAAAGACUCUGCCAUCUAUAAAAUAUCCGGAAUUCGAGAAAAUUGCAAUGAACGCCUCCUUUUGCGUGCGAUCACCAGAUAUGAAAUUGUAUGCAAAUCCGCGGUGUACGGUGAACCUGGGCAAGAAUCGACGUCUGAUCACGAUCUCGAUCGCCAGUAUCAUCCAAUUGAAAGUGACGGCGUUCCUCUGUCAUGGCCGCGACUCUCCGGUGUGCCGGGGCUCGCAUCGCUAACCAUAACGAAUACAGAGCGGAGGACGAAGAAGAGGAAGGUAUCGCGGAACGCGGUGGAAAGGUCGGGGCACAUGGUGGCCAGCGACGCGGGGAUCGCGUGGCUCGUCCGCGAGGCGAUGGACAGCCGCGGAAGGAUCAAGCUUAGGAAGCUGUCACGCAGCCGAAUGUCGCGGGCCGCCGUUUCCGCUACCAAGCUGAAGCAGUGCGUCAGAAAGCAGCCGACUAAAAUAAGGAAAUGCAUGUGCCUGCCAUCCAAUUACGCUCUCGUUGAAUUCCCCGUAGUCUGGUCCGAGCUUAGAGCAAACCAGCAAUUAUGCGACGGUGCAAUACGAUGUGCCACGGGCCACAUUUUCCCAGUGCAUCGCGCCAUUUUAUCCGCAGUCAGUCCUUACUUCAAGGCGCUUUUCACCAACAGCCUAAAAGGCGGGAAAACAGAGACGACGGAAGUCGUGAUCGAUUCGGUUCCUGGAAAAAUAUUUAGUCUGAUCCUUGAUUAUGCUUACACCGGUACGUGCAACGUAAAUGCUGACAAUGUCGAGCAGCUUUUGCCACUGGCUGACCAGUUCGAGGUCCUCGGCGUUGUUCAAAUCUGCUGUCAGUUUCUUUUACAAGAACUUCGACCGGAAAAUUGUCUGGGCAUCUUCAAAUUCGCUCGCCACUAUUUCUGCCGCGACCUGGAAGAGAAGGGCCGGAAAUAUAUUCGCCAUCACUUUAAGCGGAUACUGCAGGAGAGCCCGGAAUUCAAAGAGCUGACGAGCAAAGAACUCGAGGCGAUUCUACGCGACGACGAAUUGAACGUUAAAAACGAAGAAAUAGUUUUCGAGGCCGUUAAAACCUGGAUCGAGCAUAACGUCGAUGAAAGGAGACCCUAUUUGCCUAGGCUCUUGAAAUGUAUGCGCUACGGUUUGAUGAGCUACAACUUCUUUACGAACAAUGUUCUCACAUGGAAGAUCAUCGAGGAGGACGAGUCCUGCCAACAAGUGUUAGCUCCCGCUAAUCAGUACCUGAAAGAACAAGAAGCGAAACUAGGUAGUGGCGAAAUCGAUUUAAAGAAUCCCCUGGCCAAGCCCCGUAUUCCCUAUGAAAUCUUGUUCGCGAUCGGCGGAUGGAGCGCCGGUUCCCCAACAAAUUUCGUAGAAACCUACGACACGAGAGCUGACAGAUGGUUUCUAUCAGUGAGCACGGACGCCACACCGAGGUCCUAUCACGGCCUGUGUACAUUGAACAAUUUGAUCUACAUGAUCGGCGGGUUCGACGGUAAUCAGCACUUCAACACGGUCAGAUGCUUCGAUCCAGUAACGAGGGAGUGGCGUGAACGAGCCUGCAUGUAUCACGCGAGGUGUUAUGUCAGCGUUUGCACUCAUGGUGGAAAGAUAUAUGCUCUCGGUGGUUACAAUGGCCGCACCAGAAUGAGCUCAGGGGAAAGAUACGAACCGCAAAGGAACCAAUGGGAAAUGAUACCACCGAUGCAUCGACAGAGAUCGGACGCGAGCGCAGCAGCCUUACAGAACAAGAUCUACAUCGUAGGCGGUUUCAGUGGUCGCGAAGUUCUGAAUUCCGCGGAAGUGUUCGACGUCGAGACUAAUCAAUGGAGUUACAUCCAUCCGAUGAUCAAUCCGCGAUCCGGCGUGUCUUUGGUCGCGUUUCGUGACAGCCUUUAUGCCUUGGGUGGCUUCAACGGUUUCAUUAGACUUAGCUCUGGGGAGCGUUACAAUCCGAAUCAUUCGGAGGAUUGGCACGCGGUUCCAGAGAUGUUCAGCCCCCGCAGUAAUUUCGCCACGGUCAUCCUGGACGACAUGAUAUUCGUCGUCGGUGGUUUCAACGGUUCCACGACGAUUGCAUACGCGGAAUGUUACGACGGAGACAGCAACGAAUGGUACGACGCGUCGCCGAUGAAUUUGAAUCGAAGUGCCUUGAGUGCGUGCGUUAUCGCUGGCCUUGACAAUGCGCGCGAAUACUCGUAUCAUGGCAAAGCGCGAGAUCUUGGUCAAGGUCAAGCCUCGUCGGAAAACCAACAAAAAACUAUCCAGGGUGGAGAGGGUGCUGUAGAAACGAACGCGGACAUCCCCACCGAAGAGGAGGAAACAGCAAACUUCGAUGAACACGUUCAAAGGGAUGUCAGCCCUAUGAACGAGAUGGCUGAAAGUGUCGGCAAUUAUCUAGGAUAAUUCAAAGAACACUAUACACCAAAUUAGAUUUUCUAAAGUUUAAAAACGUGAAAAAAGAGAUACUUGGUUUGGGGAAUGUUUGUUACACGAAUACGUGAGAUUUUUGUCGCACCAUCUUGUUGCAAACGAUAUGGAGAAAAUCGUGCAAAAAUGACAAAUUAUGCACGUUAUAUCACAAAAUAGAUUAAUAAAUGACAUUUUUUUACAUUCUAUCAAAAUAUAAAGAAAUAAGAAUGUAAAUGCAUGGUGGUACAAGAUUCUCAAUUAUUUGUGAAUGUUUUGCGGAAGAUGAAUUUAGAGAAGUAAAGUAAUUAAAAAGAAAAUUAGUAGUCAGAACCAGGCGUUUAGAACAAAGAACAUGGUAAGUAUUUAGAAUGUUUCAAGUUGAUCCUCUCUUUUUUUUAUACCUCGUUUUACAAAGUAAAUUUUCGCGUAAAACGUUUACGCAGGUUUUAAUUGCGAUUAGGUCUUCCAAUUUUUAUCGAAAAUCGCUAUUUUGUAAAGGGUAUUAUUUUUUCUGCUACGCUCUUUUUUCUUUUUUUUUUUUGUAGAAGAUCGCCUCGCGAAAUUUUUAUCGAGUUUCCAGUCCGCAAGGACCUACGGAUUUUAUCGAUUUGCGUAAUAGCGACUAAUUUAUGUAUUUUAUUACGGCUUUAAAUAUCUUUUCUCUCGUUCAGAAUACGAUUCUCACGAAGAUACACCUGCAUGGCUGGUUGUUUCACACGUUUACCAGAAUCCUUUUCUUUCCUUUUUUCCCUUUCUUUUUUUUUUUUUUUUGAAUAAUUAGUCAAAAUUGUUAUUUUUCUAUGCGCACGUUUUCCCUGUCCCUGCAUGUGUAUCUUAACGUAGCACAUUCUUUUUGGUCGAGAUCCUGAUACGCCUUCAUCUGUUAUUUUAAUCGAAUAAAAAUAUACCAAUUACGGAACUGUUUUAUUUUUCUGUCUUUUAUAGAUUAACACGAAUAAUAUGAGAAUCAUCGACAUGUUACACGCACGUAACGUAAUUCCAAAGCGUUUCAGUUUUAUGAAAUGUAAUUAAAGUUGUAAUGUACCGAAAUAUCCAAGUUGUUGCAUUCGCUAGGUCGACCGUAAUCUAUCAGGGAUAUGAUUCGACAUUAUUGGACAUGGGAUGAUCACAUCGCGACUCAACUAACAACAUUGCUAAACGAAUUAAAAAUUUAUAAAAUAAUAUUCAAUGUUCGGUCUAUAGAUCCAUAGGAUGAUUUAAAUUCAGGUAAUUCUGGUGAGAACGUAAAGACAACAUUCAUUGUAAAACAACGUGGAACGAUAUAGAAUAAAAGGAUCAAACUAUAGAAUCGGCAAAAAUGACAAUAAGACACUGAAUCUUUUUUUUUUUUUAUUAAUCUAUCUCAUUUUUGUAUACGUAGAUUUAUUCACUUUUCAUAUGCAUUCAUAUAUUAUGUAUAGUGUAUACAUUGUUGUUACUUGUUCAUUGACAUUGCGUUACCGCAACUACAAACGUUCUUCAUCGAUUUAGUUCCCCUCCCUUUAUCUCCUUCUACCCUCCUCUCUUUUCUCUAUUGUUUUUUAUUCACCUCCCCUCCUUCCGCAGUGAACCAUUCGAUCGACGAUCGUUUCGCAUUCCAGCGACACUCGAAUAUAUCGUUUCGAUUACGACGCUGCUGUUUACGAUUGUUCUCGUCCAACGAAUACAGCGACGAGAUCUAUCGAAACGAUUCCAACGAUCGUGCAAUAUCCAGAGAAGAAGAAUCGCGAUCGGUCGCCUGGAAAAUACCGUUUUCCAUCCAAGUCGCGUACUUCUUUCAUUCUCCUUUAUUUCUUCUCUCUUUUCUCAAUCUGCUCUAACGAACGUUCGCGAUUCGUUUUCGCUUCGAAAGAACCCAUUCUUCGUUCGCGUUUGGCCGAAAUCACGUCGCUAAAAAACGAAUACAAAAAGAUGAAAAACCGAUGACCCGGCGACCACAGCGAAAGGUGAAGGACCAACGCCCCUACAGGGGACAAAGAGAAUUUUUUAAUCCAUUAAGGAGCAAAGUUUCAUUAACGCGACAUGGCAUUUAUAAUUAUUUUUUCAUUGAUUUACAUCAUCGAAUUCUAUCGAAUUCACAUCGUAACUAUGAAAAGGAAUUUCAAUAAUUUGUUUAGCAUUACUCUUCCUUUUCUUUUUUCUUCUAUC